GUCGUACAGUCAUUUCUGUGCCUCCAACAGACCAGCGUGUUAUCAAAGGAACCACCGCUAUCUUGGACUGUAAUGCUACCCAUGACCCCAGAGUCAAUAUCAGCUUCAAGUGGGAUCGAGGUGGUGUGCCAGUCCGCCCCUCCAGUGGGGGCCGUGUCUCCAUGCGCCAGGGCUCCCUCACUAUUGGCCAGACGUGGUCAGGUGACAUUGGGGAUUACACGUGCACCGUGACAUCACAGGCCGGCAAUGAUUCUCGCUUCGCACGCCUAGAAGUCAU